UGUCCAAUAGGAACUCUCGUUGGCCUUUUCCUCUUGGAAUGGACGGUUUUUGCAAAAAAAAAUAACAGACGAAACGUUUUGCAACAGAAUCGGCAUAAUGAUUACACCUCAGUAGAAUUCCUAAUCUCGUUAUUGAGGUGAUUUGUCUACGUGAGCUUCCGUACUGUUCAUUCAGCUGAGAGCUGCAAAGAGCGAGUGGAUGGGGGGAGGCAGAAAAUGGAAACCGUGGAAAAAUGGAACAAAUGCCUAAUAUCACCUAAAUUGUUGGAUAGAAAAGUAUUUCCCAAACAAAAUGGCAAGACAGGCAUGAUUGUGAAGCAUCUUCACAACACAUUCAGACUUCAACAUAGUUUGCAGAUACAGUCCAUCAGUCGCUCAGAAUGUGCCACUGGCUCCUGUCCAAAUUUGAUGAUGAGUAGGAAUGAGCACCACGAGCCUCGGCCUGUCCCUGUUGCCCUCACCCCCCAGCUUGUCCCAAGGGCCCACCGGCCCCUCUGCCUCUCCGUCUCCUCGGAUAGCAAUGGCCGCUUCAAAGCUCUGGAGACCCAAGAGUGGAAGAACAAUCUCAAAGCCCAGAUGGAGCAGGCCCACUGUGCAGGAGCAGCCAGCAGCACAGGCUCCCUGGAGAGGGCCUCAUUGUUUUGUGCCUCUGGUUCCACCACAGCCUCCAGCUCUGGCCUAUCCAGCCCUGUGGAGAACCUCACCAAGAGCAAGUCCUCCAGCCGCUUCUCCCUAUUUUCCCCUCCCUGGAACAGUAGCUCAGAGUCCGAUUCCAACCCCCCCUCCCGCUCCGGCUCCAAGAAGCUGCGUAACUACAGCAUGAGAGCUGCCACAGGUCCGGCCGGGGUGGGGUCAGUGGGCAGGGCGGGUCCACCAGACACCCCAGACACGCCCAAACUGAACGUCCCGGAACACUUCCAGUACUCUGAGCCCGUCAUCUCCAAGGUCACGGACUACAUCUUCGUGGGCAACCUGAACGCAGCGUACAACGGGCGCACGCUGUGUCGCAACAACAUUGACAGCAUCAUCGACAUGAGCAGCAUGCCAGGGGACUCCGGCCCAAGUCUCAGCCUUAUCCCCUGCACCUGCUCCCGAGGAGCCCGCCACAGCUGGUCCCGCCUCAAGGUGGACAUCUGUGAUGUCCCAGACGCACUGGGCGAGGGAAGCCCCGCCCUGAAGCAGCACUGCUUCGAGGACAUCAACGAGUGCAUCGAGGCUUCCACGGAAAAAAGGAAACGAGUGCUGGUCCACUGCCGUGACGGGUACUCCCUGGCUCCGACCUGUAUCAUCCAGUACCUCAUGGUGAAGCAGAAUAUGCGGCUGAUCUCGGCCUACGAGCUGCUGAGGGCCAAGUACCCCGUUAACAUCAGGGAGUGUCACCAGAAUGUGCUGGUGAGCCUGGAGAGAGCUCUGCGGCCUGGAGGCAACGUGGACCCAGAGUGCUUCAAGCAGGCUAUCUCAAGGAAAGUGGCCUGGACCUGACCUGGCUCCUCCCCCUCCACUCCCCUUUCCCUGUAGUUUGGCCCUCUUUAUUUUUCUAAUCUAACCGUGGCAUUCAAUGGAUAUUUUUCUAUGGACAAUUUUUGAAAGGCAGCUUUACUUUCUGUCAUAGUCAACUGGAUAUGGAGAUGUUGCCACUAACAGUGAGCUUCAAAAGUAUUGGGACAGUGACACAGUUUUUUAAUGUUUUGGCUCUACUUCAGCCUUUUGGAUUUGAAAUGAUACGAUGACUGAGGUUAAAGUGUCAGACUGUCAGCUUUCAUUUUAGGGUGUUUUCAUCCAUAUCUGGUGAACCAUUGUAGAAGUGUUUAGAAACCAUAUUCUAUUCUUAUUUGCAAUAAAAGUGACACUACACAUUAUUUACCAUUCAUUUCUAUUGAGCACAAAAUAAUCUGAAACACCACCAAAGCAAAUGCCUCUAACAAGUUCGUAGAGUCUCACAAGCUUGAUGUAAUCUUUGCGUGCUAGGAAUAUGGGACCAAAUACUAAACUUUUGACCAGUUUAAUGCAAAUAUAAGUGAAUUUGUCCCAAUACUUUUAGUACAGCACUUUUUGCACAUACCUUCUUAACGGUUCACCAGAUAUGGAUGAAAAUACCCUCAAAUGAAAGCUGACAGUCUGAACUUUAACCUCCAUCGUCUCAUUUCAAAUCCAAAGUGCUGGAGUACAGAGCCAAAACCACGACAAAUGUCAGUCCCAAUACUUUUGAAGCUCAAUGUACUUGCAACACAUCAAAAUUCUUGUGAAAAUGUAAAUGCAAGUUGAUGUAUUUGUCCUCUUCUGAGCCUGUGAAUUUGACUUUGUGAUGUUUCUCCAUAAGCGAUUAGAUGUUUUACUCUUUACAUCUGCUAGAUAUGGAAACUGUUUCAUUCUAGACAGUGACUUCAGGCUGAAUAAGCCCUGUGCUACCUUGGUUUUAUUGUGGUUGUGUUUUUAUUUCAGGGGAAUUUGAAUGGGAGUUCUCAGGAGAACUAAUGAUGAUGUCAUUCCAAUAUAGCUGCAAACACUGCUGAUCUAAUCUGAAAGCUCUGUGUGAAUAAUGGAGGAUGCCACUGCUCUCCUGGAUCUACAUCGGCCAACCACAGGAGCAGAUCAUUACUGUACUAUAUCAGCGACAUGCAGGGGACUUUGCACAUAGAUUCCGAUUUGUUGUUGUUGUAAAUCCCUCCCUCACACCUCAAUUGGUCUGUGACCCUCCUGCCACAGACAGACAUAACAAUGUGGUAGCCUCCUCAAGACAUUUUCCAUCAUGGUUCAGAAGACCAGGUGGAAGACAAUGAUUUAUCAUAGAUCAUCCUCUAUGAGGAAAACUAACUUACAUGACGUUCCCUAUCACUUUAACUCACCGUUGUAAACAUUUGCUGUGCUACUUCUUGGAAACUGUGGCUUUGUAAUUUCAGCUGUUGUGUAUGCAAUGAAAAUGGAUGGUCAGUAUCUAUCUCUCUGGAAUGUCAGUAUUAGUAUAUUAAAAAUCAGACUGAAUGGUGAUUCAGUGUUGUACUACGGGAAAUUCUAUUGCACUACCUAAAAAGGUUCUCCAGAAAUGCACAGUUUGAUGGGUAUUAGAAAGCUGACAUGAAUCUAAACACCAGUUAACUUUUUUAUUGUCAUUGUUCUGUGGUAUGGAAAUGUAUUUUUACAAUGAUUGUUUUGAAGACUUUGUGCUCUAGUGUUCGAUUCAGUUAAUUUGGUCCCAAUAUUUUUCCCUUAAAGGGACAGUUUGUUCAAAAGUAAUAUUUCAAUUAUUUGACUUAUCUUGGAAGUAAUAGACCAGUAGUGACUACGUCUAGGAUUAGGGUUUCAUUAUUUGACUUAUCUUGGAGGUAGUCAUAGACCAGUAGUGACUACGUCUAGGAUUAGGGUUUCAUUAUUUUGCUUCAGCCACAACAGGCUAAAUGUUAGCAUUCUCUACCUCAACACAAGGGUUGAAUGUUGCCCAUCUUUAGAACUGUCUGAAUUGCAAAAUCAACUCAAAUUAACAUAACAUUGGAAAGCAAAACUUUAUAUCCAGGGAGUUGUGUAGAGGCUCAUAUGAUUUAUAAAAUAGUUACAUUUCUGUAAAAAAAUAUAAAAAAAAGAUGGCUUGCUAAAGUAACUUAUCAUAUUCAUAAAAUGCCACUGAUCCAAUGUUAUUGUAGUAUGAUUAUGAUCAUAAACCACUUUUAUCUGACAGACUUAAUAUUAGAAAUGCUUAUUUUUGUCAGCAGUGGUUGUAGUACAUGUUUGUUGUUCUGUGACCAGUAUGGGUGGAAUGGAAGCUUCAGUACAUGAGUAUGGUGCCUUUGCUUGAAUUUGUCUUGUGCGACUGUACAGUGACACUUGCACACUUUGUAUGCAGUUGUUGGGCGUUGAUAAACAUUUUUCUACUUUAAAAUGUUGCCUAUUGAUGCUGUCAAUGUUUUUAAUUGGAAUACACGACGUAAGGAUCUUAUGAAAGAAUACAGUUAUGUGAAUUGGUUAUUGCUGUAACAUGUUUUGGUGGUCAGUGAGUGCACAGUCUUAUGUACUAUGCGAAAUGUGGCUGUGACCAUUCAUCCAUGAUGUGAUCAGGGUUACAGAAUGACCCUAACUUUCCCAAAAUUCCCAGGUGUUCCAGAAAUCCUUUUUGGAGGAUUCAGGAUUUUCUGUGUAUUUCCACCUGAUUCCUGGAAUCUACCAACUGGGAUUUCUGGAAAACCUGGGAGUUUUUAAACCCUAGAUGUGAUGAUUCAACAUUUUGUGCACUUCUGCACGCCAUACAAUUUAGGCCAUAGACGGAUGUUUUAACAUUUUCAUGGUGAAUAUACUAUAUUUAAAAAUAAACGGUUAUAGAAGGUUUAUUUGACCCUUGUGAUGGUGUCUUUGGGUCGUCUCUCAACUUUGGUUUUAAAACGUGUUCUCAGGUGAGCUGUAUGAUGGCCCAGAAUGUUUUGACUGAACUGUGUAUGAAACCAGAAUAUGUGAAGCUACGCAUUUCCUGUCGAGUUUUUAGUAGGUGUACAUAUUAAAAAAGACGUUACAUCAUUGCCAUA